UGUUGGGAAGCCAGUCUGAGUCUGACAUACACACUCACGCCAAACAAGACAAGUCGAGAUGUCUGCCAUGCGCCUCCUGCUGCUGUGCGUUGCCUUCAUUUGCCUCUCAGACAUGAGAAGUGAGGCACAGUUCCCUCCACAGCCCAACUGUUACAAUCUGAUGAGGGUUGACUGCUCAACGAUGCAUGAUGUUGUGUGUGCCACCAAUGGCGUGACCUACCCCAGCAGCUGCUCAUUCUGUUAUGUGAAGAUACGUACAGUAAAAGACAUAUUUGUGGCAAAAAAGGAGCCUGUUGAAUCCACAGAGGACCAUCUGGAGGUCUGCUGAUCUUCACUCUGCUUUGCACGUCACAAGCCCCCUUUGCCCUUCUGCUGACCACUGCAGCCUUUCAAUUCUGAAAUAAACGUUUACUUCUGGCAUGAAA